AUGAAUCCAUCUCAUGUGCCGCCGAAGAAGAGAAAUUCGGCAAUUUGUAGACCAAUGAAUCCAUCUCAUGUGCCGCCGAAGAAAAGAGAUUCAAUGUUUCGACGUCAAGUAUCCAAUAUCGAUGAAAACAAUGAAACUUUUCGAACAGUAAUUUCAACCCUACUUCUACUUGGUAAUGCAAAUGUGGUUUCUACCCAAACCGAAACCACAUUUCCAAAUCAACAAGAUUCGACCAUUAAUAGAAUUAUAAUUCCCGAUGCCACAAAUAAUUUAAGUAUAAGUCAAAUUAUAAGUGAGAAGAGGAAGCUAAAACUUGAAAGUGCAAAGGCAGCUCAAGUUGUUGCCGAUUGUGAUGCUUUGUUACCUGAUUGGAUGACGACUAAAAUUCGUGAGAUUGAAGGAUCCAAUCCCAUAUUGGUACUACAAAAAGAACUUCACGAUUCAGACGUGGAUAAAUCUAAAUACCGCCUAUCAAUUCCGAUAAACCAAACAUCACCGAAAAACUUCAUGACUGCCGAAGAAAUUAAUUUCUUAAAUACUUUCGAAAAUCAUGAACAUAAAAAAAGGACUCCUAAAAGUAUACCGGUUAUGGUCAUAGAUCCAAGGGGAAAUGUGAUGGAAGGAAUGAAGUUAGUAAAAUGGGCUAUGAACUCUAAUACAUACAAUCUUGGUACAACUAUUUGGAACGAAAUCGUCAAAACUAAUGAACUGAAGGAGGGAAUGCGUGUACAAAUAUGGAGUUUCCGUAUCCAAGUUCGUCUAUGUUUUGCUAUAAUUAGAGUAAAUCCACCCCAAUUGAAUAGUAAUAGUAGUUAG